UAAGCUGAACAUAAACUUUAACGAUAUCUUAUGAAUAAAAAUUAUAUGUGUUGAAUAGACUAAAACUUCCUGUUUGGCGACUUAAAAAUAUUGUUAGAUUCGACAAUACGUUGCUAUUGCUAUCACAUUGAAUUUCUUGAGUAAACGGAUUUUGAUCAAAAUGGAAUUACUCUGGGUGAUUAUAGGCCCUAUUGUUGGUCUGUUGUUCUUAAUACUGAUCACCAUCGCAUGCUGUUAUGCAAGGCGUAAAUGUGAGAAACAACGGAAACGACUGGUAGGGAGGUCAUUACAGGGAGAACAGCGAGUAGUAUCUGCUACGCUUGGAGAUGGUUAUAACAGAAGAACUGAUGAUUCCAUUCACCGAUUAAGAGAUAACAUAAACUCCGUUAUGGGUUCUGAUGAAACUAUGUAUAUUAAUGAUGAUAGUAAUAUUGUAGCAGAGGGAGAAUAUAAUACAUAUGUUCGAUGGAGUCUUGAUUUAAACAAUUUUAUGAUGUAUAAUUCUAAUGAUGGAUAUGAAUCAUGUGGAGAAGGGGGUUCCAAUGACCAAUAUAGAGCAAACAAACACACCGGAACAAAACAACCCACUGUGAAACACAUGGAAUAUCAUAAAAACAGGCAAGUGGAGAAAACACACAUGACUAAAAAGAAGAAAGUGGUUAAAACACAUGUGAAUAAAAACAGGCAAAUGGUGGAGACAAAUCUGAAUGAAAACCGGCAAGUUGUUGAGCCAAAUCUGAAUGAAAACAUGCAAGUGUUUAAGCCAUAUCUGAAUGAAAACAGGCAAGGGAUUGAGCCAUAUCUGAAUGAAAACAGGAAAGUGGUUGAUCCAAAUCUGACUGCAAACAGGCAAGUGGUUGAGCCAUGCAUGAAUGACAAUGACCCUGUCGAAGAAAGUGAGUCAUAGAUGGGUGGGUCACUUAUGACAACACUGUAGUCAUGACUGCUUUUGGAGUUUAAAGGAAGAUCAAAAAUCCGUCUUGCAGUCAUGAGUUUUGGCUCGUGCAUUGGAAAGCGUAUUUAAAUUCCAUUUAUCUUAUCUGACAGUCAAAAAACAAGGAAACAUUUAAUUUCGUAAGGAUAUCUGAAUAUUCUGUCUUAUAUUUUGGUAUUGGCAGUUUUAAAAUGAUCAUGUACUUUCGUUUUAUGCGCAUGCAAUCGUGUAAAUGUGUACAUAUGUAUUCAAUAAAUAUAUAGACUUCCUUCUAUAAAUUAGUUAACCAUAUGUAUAGUGAUUUACGUCUUCUUAGCAUAAUUAGUGUAUACAGAAUUUAAGAUUUUCUUUAAGAAAAAAAUAAAACACAAACAAAACGCAUUGACUUUUUGAUGAUUUGUUGAUUAUUUUAACAAUAAAUAUCGGUGCAAUUGGUGAAUGUAAAUGUUUUCUAAUUAAAGCAUACGUAUGCAUGCGUAUUAUGUUACCGUACAUAGUGAAUGCAUUGUUGGCCAAACAGCAGAUUAAUUUACACAUCCAUGUGAGAAUCAAUCUUUCAUCAUCGAAGUGAAUCAAUGGCCUUGACAUGUUGACAGCUCAACAUAUCUUACGAUACCGUA